AGCUGGCCUCGACCCUUCCGCAGCAGCUCCCGGCGCAUGGUAGAAUGAGUGACGUUGCCGUUCGGCCGGAUCUGGAAAACACAUGUUGGCACGUUCGGAAGCUGUAACCACGCCCGAAUAAGAUCGACUGUUUAGAGAAGCCCUCCCAGACGAAUCGCGAACCUCUUUCGACAGCUCCUUGGUCACUCGUGUGGCCAGCCGAUAUAUAUAUACAGCACUGUGACGCUCCGCGACACCGGCAGAGCUAUCUCGCGACGCCAUGGCUCCAGGCGCGGCCCCAAUGGGGGGUGGAGGAAACAUCAAGGUUGUGGUCAGAUGCCGUCCCUUCAACGGAAGAGAACACGACCGCGGCGCACAAUGUAUCGUCGAGAUGAAAGACAACCAGACGGUUCUCACCCCUCCGCCUGACGUUGUAGCAAAGGGUGGUAAGGACCAAGGCCAAAAGGCUUUCGCUUUCGACAGGUCAUACUGGUCCUUCGACAAGAAUGCGCCCAACUACGCCGGACAAGAUCAACUACACGAGGACCUGGGCAAACCGCUGCUCGACAAUGCCUUCCAGGGCUACAACAACUGUAUCUUUGCCUACGGUCAAACCGGUUCCGGCAAGUCCUACUCGAUGAUGGGAUAUGGCAAGGAUGCUGGUAUCAUCCCCAUGAUUUGCCAGGAUAUGUUCAAGAGGAUAAACGAGAUGCAACAAGACAAGAAUCUGCGCUGUACAGUGGAAGUCUCCUACCUCGAAAUUUACAACGAACGUGUACGCGACCUGCUCAACCCGGCGAACAAGGGCAAUCUCAAGGUCCGAGAACAUCCGUCAACGGGUCCCUACGUCGAAGACUUGGCGAAGCUUGUCGUGGGGAGUUUCCAGGAGAUCGAGCACUUGAUGGACGAGGGAAACAAGGCUAGAACAGUUGCGGCCACCAACAUGAACGAAACCUCCAGUAGAAGUCAUGCUGUCUUUACCCUAAUGUUGACCCAAAAACGAUUCGAUCCCGAGACGAAAAUGGAAAUGGAAAAGGCAGCCAAGAUCAGUCUGGUGGAUUUGGCAGGUUCGGAAAGAGCAACGUCUACCGGAGCUACCGGCGCCCGUCUAAAAGAAGGUGCCGAAAUCAACCGGUCUCUGUCGACACUUGGGCGCGUUAUCGCAGCCCUAGCAGACCUCUCCACCGGGAAAAAGAAGAAAGGGUCUGCGGCCGGCCAAGUACCAUAUCGUGACAGUGUCCUCACCUGGUUGUUGAAGGAUUCGUUAGGCGGCAACAGUAUGACGGCGAUGAUAGCGGCCAUCAGUCCAGCCGAUAUCAACUACGACGAGACGCUUAGUACACUCCGUUAUGCUGAUUCGGCCAAGAGGAUCAAGAACCACGCUGUUGUCAAUGAGGACGCCAAUGCCCGCAUGAUCCGCGAGCUAAAGGAAGAACUAGCUCAACUGAGAAGCAAAUUGGGCGGUGGUGGAGGCGUCGGUGGCACUCAUGUUCCGGGAGAGGAGGUUUACGCAGAGGGAACGCCAUUAGAGAAGCAGAUUGUCAGCAUCACAACGCCGGACGGCACCGUCAAGAAGGUCUCCAAGGCCGAGAUUGCAGAGCAGUUGAAUCAGUCCGAGAAGCUUCUGCAGGAUCUGAACCAGACAUGGGAGCAGAAGCUGCAGAAAACCGAAGAAAUCCACAAGGAACGUGAAGCUGCGCUUGAAGAACUGGGCAUCAGCAUCGAAAAGGGCUUUAUCGGCAUGUCGACCCCCAAGAAGAUGCCCCAUUUGGUCAAUCUUUCGGACGACCCGCUAUUAGCAGAGUGCUUGGUGUAUAAUCUGAAACCAGGCUCAACAAGUGUCGGCAACGUCGAGUCAAACGCGGAGAACCAAGCAAAUAUUCGCCUCAAUGGGUCGAGGAUCCUCCACGAACACUGCGUUUUUGAGAACGCGGCUGAUGGAACGGUGACUGUCAUCCCAAAGGAGGGUGCGGCUGUCAUGGUGAACGGCAAACGAGUGACUGAGCCGACUCGACUUCACUCUGGAUACCGCAUCAUUCUGGGCGACUUCCACAUUUUCAGGUUCAACCAUCCUCUUGAAGCGAAAGCGGAACGAGCAGAGCGUGCCGAGCAACAGAGUCUGCUGAGGCAAUCCGUCACAGCAAACCAAUUACAGGCCAUGGAGAAAUCACCAGCUCUAAGUCCCAGACACGACCACCACAGAAGCCUUAGUACGGCAGUGUCUGAAGGCGACAGCAGCCGUCCAGAUUCACCCGCGCCGUUUUCAAGAAACACAAAAGAAUCAGAUUGGUCCUUUGCGCGAAGGGAGGCGGCAGGGGCCAUCCUUGGAACGGAUCAAAACUUUGCGAAACUGACAGACGAAGAAUUGAAUGCCCUUUUUGAGGACGUGCAACGAGCACGAGCUGAAAGAGUGAAUGUUCGGGAAGGGGAUGAAGAUAUGGAGUCCAUGGCGUCGUAUCCGAUAAGGGAGAAGUACAUGUCCACCGGCACUCUCGACAACUUCUCUCUGGACACCGCCCUAACCAUACCAUCCACGCCCAAACACGGAGAGACGGAGGAGAAGCUGGGUCAGAUUCGAGACGUGAUGCAGAGCCAACUCGACAAGCAGAAGGAGGAGUACAAGGAUCAGCUGAAGACGGCCGAAGCAGCGAACGUGGAGGUGGAGGAGAUCAAGAAGGAGAAGGCCAAGAUGGAGGAAACGUUGAUGCAGCUCAAGGUCGACAUGCAGAAACAGCUGGAGGUGCAAAGACGCCAGUUCGAGGACAAGAUCGAGAAGUUGGAUCCGCUCAAGCGGCCGAAAGCGAACCCGAAGCUCUCUGCAGACGAGAUUGAGCGUGCGAAAGCGGUGGUUAAGAAAUGGAGGAGUCGACGCUACGUCAUCAUGGCCGAGGCAGUCUUGCAGCAUGCUGCCACUCUUAAGGAGGCACAAGUCAUGAGUCAUGAGCUCAAUGAGAGCGUCGUCUUCCAGUUCACGAUCGUAGACGUCGGCCAUCUUAUUUGUUCAUCUUACGACAUGGUGCUUAAUGGGCUGACUGGUGAGGGAGACGAUAUUGCUCUCGAAACAGCACCGAAGCCGUGCGUCGGCAUUCGCGUCGUUGACUACAAGCACAGUGUCGUCCACCUUUGGAGCAUAGAAAAGCUCCACGAUCGGGUGAGGCAGAUGCGGCAGAUGUUCCAGUAUCUGGAUCAACCGGAAUACGCGCAACACUUGAGCCUGGGUAACCCCUUCGUGGAGACAUGUAUGCCACAAUACACAUUGGUGGGCGAAGUCGAUGUCCCGUUGAAGACCGUCUUUGAGAGCCGGGUACAAGACUUCACCCUCGACGUGACAUCCCCGCACACAUCACACGCUAUUGGCAUGAUCAAGCUGGCGUUAGAACCUUCCAGCGCGAGGGCGCCGACAAAUACGCUCAAGUUUAACGUGGUCAUGCACGAGAUGAUCGGAUUCGCUGAACGCGAAGGCACAGAGGUGCACGCCCAGCUUUUUAUCCCUGGCAUUUCUGAGGAGGACGGUAUUACCACCACCCAGAUGAUCAGGGACUUUGACGAGGGGCCCAUCCGGUUCGAGAGCGUUCAUAGUAUGAGCAUUCCGCUGUUUGCGUCUCAAGACACGUCGUUGAGGGUGGCUAUUUUCGCCAAGGUUUCAGCGAUGCAUCUUGACAAGCUGCUCAGCUGGGAUGACAUGCGCGAUGCGGUACCGAUGUCCCAAAGCAAGUCGAAGGGUGCAAGAAUCAACGAAUCCCACUUCUACACCGAGGAGAAGCACGACUUGCUUGCGCGGGUACAGAUACUGGAGCUGAACGAGGAGGGCGAUUAUGUGCCCGUCGAAGUUACACAGACAAGCGAGCUUGAUAACGGCACGUUCCAGCUUCAUCAAGGGCUGCAAAGACGGGUCGCCAUCACCGUUACCCAUAGCUCGGGCGAUGCUCUACCAUGGAACGAUGCAAAAUCUUUGCGCGUCGGCAAGAUUGCACUCCUGGAUAGCGCAGGCAAAACACCCGACAUGGGCUCUGCCAGUCCUCCUCUGCCCCUUCGACUCGUAUCUGAGCCUACGUUCCGGGUGAACGCCAAUGGAACCCGGAGCGUUACCCUGAUCGGACAGUGGGACUCUAGUCUUCAUAAUUCGUUGUUGCUCGAUCGUGUCACGUCAGAAAAAUACCGCGUGCAAAUGACUGUCUCCUGGGAGAUCGAUUCGGAGAAGCUCGCCGAGCCGAUCAAGUUCUCUCUUCCGGUUGCCGUCCAGAUCGUGUCUCGCAACUUCGUCCGCCAAACGUCCAUGUUCUCCUCGCUCUGGCAGAACAUUCGCAUCGUCCAUUCUUCCACAGGUAUCUUCACGGUGCAGAUGCGCCCGGCGCCUAUCAAACGCGUCGGUGACCUAUGGCGAAUGAGUAGCCAGCAUGACUAUGUCAAAGGCGAAGAGAACCUUGGGACUUGGACGCCAAGGGGCGUGUCACUCGUGGCAGACUACAUCACUGCACGGAAGAAGAAGAGGAUGAUGACGGAGCUUACUGCGGUGCAAGGGUGCUUGAGAAAGCUUGGAUUUAGUGAUCCGAAUGACUUGUCGAAUGGAGUGGAUGAUGUAGAGGACAAUUCUGAUCUGCCACCACCUAAAACCAAUAGUGAGACGGACUCCAUUGCUGAGCUACUGAAAGAUGACCCGCCAGAGGUGUCUGAGCUGUCGCCGUCCCAAGAACGAGUGUCUCCAAACGACGAAGCUGCACCAAGCGCCGAGUCAAAGGAGGAGGAGCAUGAAAAUGGUGCAGAACCCAAUCAACCCACGCCAGACGCCACCGACUCCGCCAAACCUCCUUCGGAGUAUACGGACGCUCAAACCUAUCUUCUCAAUCGUUGCCUCGAGCUCUGGCAAUGCUACCCAGACCCAACAGUCAAGAUCCUCAGCCCUGCUAAUACCGACCCGCCUACUGAUGGCUGCGCCGACUCCAAUUCUGAUCAGAAUUCCACCUUGGAGUUUAUGGCCUCCGUCAUCCGCGUGCCCAAGAACCCCACCGUCCUCAAGGGUGGCUACCUCCUUGUCCCCAACAACGAUGCGACCAAGUGGAACAAACGGUUCGUCGAGCUGAGGAGGCCAUAUCUCCACAUCCACAGCGUCGCAGAUGGAGAGGAGAUCGGGAUCGUCAGUCUGAGGAACUCGCGCGUCGACAGCCAACCGGGGAUAUUAGGUUUGCUGAACGAUGACUAUGGCGCUGGGGGAUCUGAUGAUGGUUACGGGUCACUAGACAACCUGAACGGAAACAUGGACAACCACCGAGCCACUAACGGUCGCUCAAGUGGGCUCCUAGACACCAUUAUGAGUGGUAGUUCGGGCGGCUCGGGAGGCAGGACAUCCAACAGCAACGUCAGCACAACACCCCAACAACGCCGCUCACCCACCUCCCUCCUCAUCUCCUCCCUCUGGCCCACCUUCAGCCCACUCCCUUCGCCCAACCCGACGACUUCCGCAGCCAGGAGCAGCAACGGCAGGCUAGCAAGCGGCGGUAGCAGAGCAUCAGCCGUUUCCCUCCGCAGCAACACCAGCUCCCCGGCGUCAUCCACAGGCACGCUUGCCACCAACACCAACACCAACGGACCCUCACCAUCGUUGGGACCUCCUCAUCAUCAACAAGGUGGUGCUGGUGGUGGACUCUCCCGCCUGAGCGAGCGGCUGCAGGCAGGCGUGUUCGCCAUCUACGGGACGGACAACACGUGGCUGUUUGCGGCGAGGAGCGAGAAGGACAAGAUGGCUUGGAUUUGGAAGAUUGAUCAGAGUUAUAUGAUGACUAGUCCGAGCGCGAGCGUGGCGGGGAGUAGAGCGGGGAGUGCAAGGGGCAGUAGGGCGGUGAGUCCGAGUCCGGGGGCGAGGAGGACGAGCGCGAGGGUUAGUCAGUUGAGGUUGAGUUGAUUUUUGCCCAUGAAGAUGGUGAUGGUUGGGGGGUGGAGCAAGAAGGGAUUGUUAAUGGGGAAAGAAGAAAGGGAUGGAUGGGAUGGGUAGCGGAAGUUUGGUUGUUGCUGCUGCUGUUGCUGCUGCUGCUUGCUUGGUACAUUACGUGCAUUCAGGGAUACCCAGUGGGAAAUA